GCAGGAAUGCCAGGGUGUACUGGGAUCCCCAUGUCAAAACAUUCGACAGCAAACACUACAAUUACCACAAUCCUUGCAACUUUUCGUUGGUCCAACCUGGUUUUACGCAGACUCCUAAAUAUGGAGUUUAUGCUCAGUUUGCUGAGUGCAUAGGACCUGGUACCUGUAUUGAAGAAUUAGUUUUCAAGGACAAUGAUAAUACUGUGAUCACCUUCUCUAUGAGAAAUAAAACAGAGCUUGCCGUGUUUCUGAACGGCAAGGAGUUCUCCGUCAGCGAUCGCACGCCCUCCCUCAUGGUCCAGGACGGCGUGCAGCAUCCCGUGCUCGCCUGGAGGCAGACGGGAAGUAACUCCAGACUCCUCUUCGCCGGCUCCUGUAGAAUCGUGCUGGAAGUCUCGAGAAACUACGUGUUCCUGUGGCUGCAUCCGUCCCUCACAGAUCACUACGGCCUCUGUGGAACCAGCAACGGCGUGGAUGACGAUGAGUUCACGACCCGCUCGGGAAGCGUGGUAAACUCCUUGGCAAGAUUCGCUGACUCGUGGAUGACCGAUACACAGACUUCGCCCGAAUGCCCGAUAAGCCAUCGAUUCAAGAGAAAUAUAAUUUUCAAUGAAACUGGCCUGUGCACCUUGGGGAACGCCAUUCUCCUCGGCCUCGAAGCCAUCUGCGGCCAAAAAGUCCCCUUUCGUUCAGUACGCGGGUCAGGUUGUGGAGGCAACCGAGGUCGAUGCUCUCAUGGAGGCUUGUACGUUUGACCUUUGCUUGCUGUACAGUAACACUGGCGGUAACAUGACGGCCGUUGAAGAGUACAUGGACACAGUCAUCGCUGAUGUUGUUGUAAGGAUUAUCGAGGUCAAAGCCAUGUUGACAG